UUGGCCCCCUGUUCAUCAUCCGUUCCCCCCACCAGGCGCCGCCUCUCCCCUAGGGUUUCCUCCGCCGUCCGCUCCAGCCCGCCGCCGCCAUGCCUCGCCGCAGCGGAGGAGGAGGAAGGGCACGCCCUGCUCCACGUGCUGCUCCAGUGAGAAACCCACCGCAGCCAGCCCGCCCAGCUCCUCCUCCUGCUACUACCCAGAGCAGCGGUGGUGGCAUGCUGAGCGGAAUUGGGUCCACUAUUGCUCAGGGUAUGGCUUUUGGUACUGGCAGUGCUGUUGCACACAGGGCUGUUGAUGCUGUGAUGGGUCCCCGUACCAUUCAGCACGAGACUGUUGUCUCUGAAGCUGCUUCAUCUAUGACUCCAAUGGGCAACACUGUUGGAUCUGAUAAAUGUGACAACCCUUCCAAGGCCUUUCAAGAUUGCAUCAACCACUACGACAGCGACAUCAGCAAGUGCCAGUUCUACCUUGACAUGCUCAACGACUGCCGCCGUGGAGGAGCAGGAGUUGGUGCUUCUCUCUAAGCCUGCUGCUGUGCUUGAAUUGGUUUAUUGGUCUGAACUUGUUUCACUCAUGAUGAUGAUGAUGAUCUCAUAAAUAAUUGAUUGGCGAAAUGAACUUGUGCCACAGCUUAUGUUGUUAGUCCGUGGUGUAUGCUCUGCUGUCUUUGGAGUAUUUCCUUGUAUUGAUGUUGGAACUAUCUUCAUGGCACUGGGUUUAUAAAUAUGGGAGUUUAACA